GGAUGGUAAAGUGACCGUGAUGGCGGACGGAGCUGCGGCCGCGGUGGGAGCUGCUGUCGAUGUAAACACAGCUGGGAACGCGACAGACAUCGCGAUGGCGUAUUUACAGGACGAGAACACUGAAGGAGAGAUCCCCAACCUCAACCUGGGAGAACUGGACCUCACCACUGACGAGUUCAUCCUGGAUGAAGUGGACAUUCACAUCCAGGCCAAUCUGGAGGACGACCUCGUGAAGGAGGCGCUCAAAACGGGCGUUGACCUCCGUCAGUACUCCAAACAGGUGGAGUCGGAGCUGCAGAGGAUUGAACAGGCCUCCAUCAAAGACUACAUCAAGGAGAGUCAGAACAUCGCUCUGCUGCACAACCAGAUCACCGCCUGUGACUCCAUCCUGGAGCGGAUGGAGGGCAUGCUGAGCGGCUUCCAGAGCGACCUGUCCUCCAUCAGCAGCGAGAUCCAGACUCUGCAGCAGCAGUCGGUCAGCAUGAACGUACGGCUGAAGAACAGGCAGGCGGUACGCAGCCACCUCAGCCAGCUGGUGGACGAGCUGGUGGUGCCCGGAGCCAUGAUCUCCACCAUCAUGGACAGCCCGGUGACGGAGCAGGACUUCCUGGAGCAGCUCCACGAGCUCAACAACAAGAUCAACUUCGCCAAAGAGCUGAGCUUCAGAGAGACGCUGGCCUGCUCCGAUAUCCAGGACAUCGUCGACCGCCUCAAACUCAAGGCGGUGUCAAAGAUCCGAGAGUUUAUCCUUCAGAAGAUUUACUCCUUCAGGAAGCCGAUGACCAACUACCAGAUCCCCCAGAACACCUUGCUGAAGUACAGAUUUUUCUAUCAGUUCCUUUUGGCCAACGAGAGAACGGUCGCCAAGGAGAUCAGAGACGAGUACGUGGACACGAUGAGCAAAAUCUACUACAGCUACUUCAAGUCGUACAGCGGCAGGUUGCUCAAAGUGCAGUACGAGGAGGUUGCAGACAAAGACGACCUGAUGGGAGUCGAAGACACAGCCAAGAAAGGUUUCUUCUCCAAACCGUCUCUGAAGAGCAGGAACACCAUCUUCACUCUGGGCCAGAGGGGGACCAUCCUGAGUCCUGCAGAGCUGGAGGGUCCGAUCCUGGUCCCACACACCGCUCAGAGGGGAGACAGCAGGUAUCCGUAUGAGAUGUUGUUUCGCAGUCAGCACUACGCUCUGCUGGACAACGGCUGCAGGGAGUACCUCUUCCUCUCCGACUUCUUCAUGGUGGCGGGAAACUCCGCCCUCGACCUCUUCAACAGCAUCAUGGGAAAAACUCUGAGCAUGUUCCUGAAGAGUAUGUCCACGUACGUGUCCGACUGCUACGACAGCAUCGCCGUCUUCCUCUGCAUCCACAUCAUCCUCCGGUUCAGAGCCAUCACCGCCAAGAGGACCAUCCCCGCCCUCGACAAGUACUGGGAGGCGGUGCUGGAGCUGCUGUGGCCGAGGUUUGAGAUGAUCCUGGAGAUGAACAUCCACAGCAUCAGAAACACAGACCCUCAGAAACUGGGAGUACUGGAUACCAGACCACACUACAUCACUCGUCGGUACGCUGAGUUCUCGUCGGCUAUCGUCAGCAUCAACCAGACGUUUCCCAACGAGAGAACCAACAACCUGCUGGGACAGCUGCUGAUCGAGGUGGAGAACUUUGUGCUGAGGAUGGCGGCGGAGUUUCCCUCCAGAAGAGAUCAGCUCAUCUUCCUCAUCAACAACUACGACAUGAUGCUCAGCGUCCUCAUGGAGAGGGCAGCAGACGACAGUAAAGAGGUGGAAGGUUUCCAACAGCUGCUUCUGGCCAGGACGCAGGAGUUCAUCGAGGAGAUCCUGUGUCCGCCCUUCGGAGGGAUGAUCGCCUUCGUGAAGGAGGCCGAGGCGUUGAUGGAGAAAGGGCAGCUGGACCGGCUGAAGAAUGAGGAAGCCCGUAUCACCCAACUGGUUCGGGGAUUUUCCAGCACGUGGAAACAGUCGGUUGAGUCGAUGAGUCAGGACGUCAUGAGGUCCUUCACCAACUUCAAAAAUGGAACGAGCAUCAUACAGGGCGCUCUGACCCAGCUGAUCCAGUACUACCACGGCUUCCACAAGAUCCUGAACCAGCCGACGUUCCGCAGCCUGGCCGUCCGCUCCGAGCUCAUCAACCUGCACCACCUCAUGGUGGAGGUGAAGAAGCACAAACCCAACUUCUAACCGGCCGCUUGUUCUUGAAACCGGAGGGUGAACACACCCGAAAGGUCUGGAGGUCUUCGUCCCUCUCAGCUGAAGAACACAAGUCCGUUUUCCCUCCAGAAGAACAGAUCGGAAAGGUUCGACACGGAGACGUGAGCCGAUGUCCUCGAUGGAUACGAAGUCCUUUUAUUUGUCACUUUGCAUUAAAACAUCAGCAGACGUUUAACGCUAACAGCCCUCACCUGUAACACAGAUUCACUUAAAUAAUCCGUUAUAACCCUUCAGAUUUCUGUUUAUUGUGCAGCUGAAAAAAGUAGGUGGAUUUUAACUCUAGACACUAAAAGUAAAGUAUUAUGGAGCUUUAUGGAGACUCACUGCUGCAGCCUCUAGUGGCCGAUAGAGGAACUGCAGCGACGGAGGUUGCAGCUUCGUUAGGGAUCAAAUAAAAAACAAUAAAACCGGAUUAAAACAUUCCUGUCAGUCUCUUGUGUGAAGGCAUCAUGAAUCCAGGACCAGGAGUGUCAGAACCCGCCACCAGACAAUGAAAACUACCACAGAGAAAGAGAGAAAACAUAAACAGUGAUUCUGAAGGAUUAUAACUUUUAAAACAAAUAAAAACAGAAGUGUAAAAUGUUCAUUCAUUCAUUUCAUGAUGAAAAUAUACAGAAGUUUAAAAAAACUGUUUAUGGGACAAAAGUUCUGAUGAGAAUUUGUUUAUGUUGUUUGUUUUAAUUUAAUUUGAUGUUCAUGGGAGAGAAGCUCUUGUGAACUCAUUACUUGAAGGUGAGACUGACCAUUAAAGGAUGAAGCUGAAGAUAUUCUGUAUGUUUAUUCUUCAUCACCUGUCGCACGAAACCAACACUGAAACCAUCAAUAUGUCGUCAAUACUUUCACUUCCUGUCUGUGGCUCUCGGCCCCAAACCCACUGGUUCCUACUGAACACGUAAACCUUAAAAAACUCAUCUCAGAUAUAUUUAAAUUCAUGUUUAAAAAGGUUUUUAUCAAACAAACAGGAAAUGUUCUGUUUGUUCUGUUUGAUGAGUAUAAAUGCAGAAUAUCUCCAGACUGACUCUUUAAAGAUUCACUCUCUCACUCUUAAAGUUGCUUUGUGCCUUUCUCUCUUUGAUUCAUCAGUUCAUCGUGUUGUGAACUUAUAACUGUCUGUAGAGUUUCACAAUAAAGGUAAUACAACAUGA